AUGGAUGAUUCUACUUUAGAAAGUGUAAAAGAAGUCUUUGGUACAGAUUUUCAACAAUACUGCAAACGUCAUAAAAUAACAUUGAAAAAAGAUAAAUGUGGCACUUUUAUGGUACCUAAUGUUAACAUUCUAACAGAGUGUAUAGAUAUUCUUGAUAGAUCUAAAUUCAAAAUAAAUGAUCGACUGAUGAAAAUACAGAAGCCUAAAGCAUCUCUAAAUUCUGGGGACAAUAAGAAACAACAUUUUAAAAGAUUACCUAAAGAUGGCAAAAAUAAUAACAGAAAGAAGCAAAAUUUUUAUGAAAAAACCAGAGAUAUUUCCCCCAAUUUAUUUCUUACUAAUUUACCAUUACAAAUUUAUGUAUAUGACACAUCAUCCAUUUUACCCAGUCACACAAUUCACACAGUUUCAACAGAUUAUAUUUUAAACACAGCAAAAACUGGAAAUGAAAUAUAUGAAUUUAUUGUGAAGGACACAAUGAAGGAUGUGGUUAUUGUUAAUUUUGAAACUUCUAUUUCAUUUAUAUCUUCUCUUUUAAAACAGUUUCAGACAAGGCAUAAGAGAUUUCAUUACAGUAGUGUUUUACAACAUUUAACUCAGGAACAUGAAUCUAAUAAGGAAUUAAAAUGCAAAUAUGAAGUUUCUAGGAAGCAAUUAUACUCAUUUUUUGAUCUUAUAUUUUCAAAAGUAGUUCCUCUGGCUAUAUUUGGAAAAUUAAGAAACCUUAAGAAAAUAAAAAAAGCCAUGCAUCAACUUUUAAAUAUACCACGUUUUAAAUCUUUAAAUUUGAUGCUACUUAUUGAAAAACUAGAUAUUUCUAGCAUUACAUGGUUAAAGAGCAUCCAAUCUCUAGAGACACAAUGGCUUGUCUUAGCAAAAUUAGUAAAGUGGUUUUUUACUGGAUAUCUUCUAAAAGUAUUACGUAUUCAGUUUCAUAUAACAUCACUUUCUGCAGCCAAUAAUGAAAGAUUAUAUAUUGCUCGUUCAAAUUGGAGUUUCAUUCAAAAAAAAUUUAUUAAGAAGAAGAUAUCAUCAAACACCUUACAACCUGAAAUCGAAUGUACUGAAUGGAAUCCACCAAUAGGGAUCUAUAAAUUACGUCCCAAACAUUCUAGUGUACGUCCAAUAUUUCUGUCAGAGUAUCAAGAGAAUGAUAAAAACGAUUUAAAUACAGUUUUUAAGUUUUUAAGGCAAUUACAUAUUACAGAGUAUGGAUUAACUAAUUUUCAAGAAAAAUGGAAAUCAAUUAUUCAAUGCAAACGUAAAUCAAAGACUGAAAAGAUGUAUAUUGUAUCUUGUGAUGUAAUAGAUGCUUUUGGUUCUAUAAUACAGAGUCAGUUAUAUGAUAUUAUAAAGUCACUCUGUAAAAAAAUUCCUGAAGUUCUAAUACUCAGUUCCUAUGCAGUUAAAUGUGAAAGGAACAAGACUGAUAAUACUUUGUGUUACAAAAAGUACUUUUCUAAUGCCAAUUUACAAUUACCCUUGCCAUUUGGAACUUUGUAUGCAUGUACAAGUAAAGGCAAUUCUCAAUGCGUACGAAAAAGCUGGUUACUAGAAAAGAUUUGGAAAUAUAUCUUUUAUCAAAGGGUGAAAAUACGUAAGAAGAUUUACAUUAUAGGUAAAGGAAUAGUUCAAGGGACAAUGUUGUCACCUAUUUUAUCAGACAUUUAUUAUAAUUUUGUAUUACAAAAAGAAAUGUCUUCAUUUCUAAACUGUGGUGAAAUUAUAAGAUAUAUGGAUGAUAUUUUAUAUGUUACUGCUAAUGAAAUUCUUGCAAAAGAGUUCUUAGAGCUGAUAAAGAAAGGUAUUCCACAAUAUAACUGUUAUUUUAAAGAAUUAAAAACACAAAGCAAUAUUGUUGAUAUUUCAAGUCCAGCUGUACACAGUAUUACUUAUAUUGGUUACAAAAUCAAUUGUGAUACAUUAGAAGUUGAGCCUAAACAUGCAGAUACAAAUAUACGUUAUUUAAUAUCAUUUUCUUCAAAAAAUGAUUUAACUCCUCUAGAACUUUUAAAAAAGCGGCUACAUAAUGUGGCUUGUCUGAAAUUAUCAAAAGUUGUCUUAGACAACGAAAUUAAUUCUGAAAUGACUAUGAUGAAAAUAUUAAAACAGACGUGUUUAAUACAAGCAAAACGUGCAAAAGUGUUAGUAAAAGAAUUAUUUAAUGAUGUUGAACUGAAUUCUCAAGACAUAUUUAAAGUCUUAAAAAACAGUAACAAGAAAAUUGCAAGACAUGUUAUAAAAAUUUUAUUAACAUUCGAAGAAAACAUGAGCGGAAAAGAUAUUCGUGAAUGGAAUAAGAAAAUUCUUCGUGUUUUAUGGAUAUCCUACAAAAAGAUUUUUAAGAAAGAUAAA